AUGGCCGGGUCGUCUGGCAGCCGCGGAUCAUGCUGUGACAUCUGCAAUGAACGGCUCAUCUCCCCUGUUGUGGUCCUAUCGCUGCAUGGGCUGAUCGUGACGGACGUGGCAUGGUACAGGACAGAGCUGUGGCAAGAUGACAGCCUGUGGUACCGCAGCUUGCGGCUGCUUGUGCUGCUGACCGUGGUGUGCUACCUGCGCACCUGCUUGACGGAUCCGGGGUUCCUGCAAGUGGGUGCCCAACCAGUUCAUACCCCCUGCUGCAGCACGCGUGGAUGUAUGUUACUGUGCUGCGCUGCAGCCGUGUCUCUCAGUGAAUGGAAGGGAGGCUCCAAAGAGGGCAAACCGAUCAUGCUGCCAGAUGUUGUGGGAGCUGGCUUUCCAAAUGCCGGCGAAACCAACAUCCAUCCCGUGGGCGCUGCGAGUUCCAGCCAGCCGCUGGACUUCGACUACGACGAGGGCAUCCUGAAAAGACGAGGACACGCGGAAGACUUGGAAGCGGAAAACCCGGAAGGAACGCAAUUGCGUUGGUGCAAGCGCUGUCAUCUACACCAGCCACUGCGGACAAAGCACUGUCACGACUGCGGACGAUGCGUGCGCACGCACGACCACCAUUGCCCUUGGAUUGGGAGCUGCGUAGGCGAGAACAACCGAGUGCUGUUCUUCUGGUAUCUCUUGUUGCAAUGCGCCGAGCUCGCCGCCUUCUUCUACGAAGGCAUUCAGGGCAUCUCCUUGCUGGAGCCCAGUGUGGUUUUGCUCGUUGGUCUCAUUUUCAUAGCUGUCUUCUUCCUAAUGGUUAGCUGUUUGCUUUGCUUCCACACAUUCCUGCUGCUCGCGAACCUGACAACCUGGGAACAUAUCUCCUGGUGGCAAAUCACUUACUUGAAGCCGCUGAAGGCUGACAAUGGCUCGCCAUUCUCCCGCUCCAUUGCCUGGAAUGCAGCUGCCUAUUGCUGUGGCUCGUUCUGGUGCCCUGCGCCGCUGAGGCGUCUUGCCUCGCUUCGCUACUCCGAGGAGCCGUUCAAUCAGUGCAGUUUGCGGGCCUAUUUGCUGUGGUAUUUCUUGGUUGCAGGUCCGAGCAACGUGGCAUGUGCUUUCUGCUCGCAUGCUGUGCGGAUUGCUGUUGAGCACGAAAAGUCAUAUUUCGGCAGUGGUCAAGCCAUGAAAUCGAAUCUGCGGAAGCUGGUUUUAAAGUAUUUCAGUGACUUUUGCUGUGAUGGAGAGGCACUGGCAAAGAAACUGUGCAGCAUCUUCCACCUGAGGCCUCCCCUCAUCCCAGCGACCGAUGACGGGGAGUUGGAGAGGUCCGCCCUGCGCCGGCUGUCGAGCUCGAAGUCCGAGUCUAGCCUCCGAGUCCGCACCCCGCAGCGAUUGGGAUCGCCCCUUGUGGUGGUGCAGACCUCACAGGAGCCGGUUCAACGCAAGCCGACACUCAGCGCGCGAUCGCGGUCAAAUUCAGGGCGUUUGAGCUCACCGCCGGAUGACGUCGAGCAGCCCCGGGAAACGUGUCCCGUGAGCACCUUGUUCACCGUGGUUCAGGACAUGAUGGCACUGAAGUACGGUGUUCAGCUCGAUGAGUUCGACUUCGUUGGCAAAGCCAAGGCCCGCUGCACCUCCCAGGACCGCUGCGCCCCACGGCGUCUGGCGGAAGCGCUCAAUGCCGAGCCUGCGCUGAAGGUGAAGGACGCCAGCAAUGAGCGCUUGAUCCAGCUCCAUUUGCGUCUUACUACUAUGGCUUCCUACGCAGAGCUUCAAGGCUUCAUUCGACGCUGGCCAGGCACGGCCUGCGCUGUAGCUGCUGUUGGCUUAGGCGGCACGGACCGCAACGUGCAACUCGCUGCAGUCUUCCGGGAGGCCUACGGGCACCAUGGAGCUCUGGUGGCCAAGACCCGGGCCAAGUCUUAUGGCGGUGUCGGACCUUUGCACAUGUUCAGAGAAGCAGACUUUCAUGGCGCAGUGGUGCUGGAGCCUGUUAUUGAGCAUGUUCUGAAGUACGAGCCGGAGGCGAACGUCAUGAUUGAAUUGCAAACUCCACCUCAGUGCCCCGAGUUUGAGAAGUCCGCGGUGGCCUUCGAGGCAGAGGCUGCAUUUUCAUCGCGUGCGCUGUGUGCAGCGGCUGCUUUGGCCCCUCGCGGUGAUGGCCCCUCAGCCUCCUGCUUGCUGGCGAAAGAGCUGAUGGUGCGGCAUCCCACCGCGUCUGACGUCCAGACCGCCGGCUGUAAAGUGUUGGGCAGCUGGCUUCGUGGCUGUCAGUCCUCGUUCUCAGAUUACCAGGCCUUCGGAACUGUGGAGGCAAUCGCAGCUGCAAUGCGAAGGCACAGUGCCAACGCGCGCUUGCAGGAGGCGGCUGCCUCGGCCCUAAGUGCUGCGUCCUCCUGGCCGGCACUGCAGGCGGCUGCAACAAACAACGGUGCUACGGAGGAGAUCGUGGCUGCCAUGCGCCGAUUCCCUACCGACCCUGAGCUCCUGGCGGCUGCGUGCAGUGGUUUAGCAGGACUUGCUGCCAAUCAUCCACUCAACCAGUCAGCACUUCUGGGCUGCCGCUCCAUCGAGGUCAUCGUCUCUGCCAUGGACGCAUUCGUCCACCACGCGCGGCUACAAACAAUGGCCUGCGGAGCCUUGGGAAACCUGGCGGCGAACAGCCCCAACAAUCAGGCUGCCAUUGCCUCCCGAGGAGGCUUGCAGAGAGUGGUAAAUGUGCUAAAAAACCAUCAGUCGAAUCCUGUUGUUCUGGCAGCAUCGCUGGGAGCUGCUUGGUGUCUGAUGAAGCAGCACCUUGCCAACACGGAAAUGGCCGCGCAGCUAGGACAGCCGCUAGUUGCUCGUACACGGCAGCCUUUGCACGUCAGACUUCGGUCAUAUUCUGUCGUUGCGAGAAGUAUUCUUGGAAUGUGGUGA